AUGUCAACCAGCACCGCUUUUCGCGACAUCUAUCACACACCUACUAUCAUCACGUCAUUUGGUGCGUCCGCCGUUCUGCUUUUUGGGGUCAUCGAGUCUCCAGUAGCGCAACCACGAAAUUUUGUCUUGGGUCACUUCAUCUCGGCUCUGGUAGGAACCGCUAUUACCAGGUUGUGGGUCUUGAACGCGAGUUAUCAGGGGUACCUGGAGAACACCCAUUUUCACCCUUCGACUUUUAUCAACGGAGGACUAUCCAUGGCAACUUCACUCCUCGCCAUGCUGAUCACGGGAACGGCUCACCCUCCCGCCGGUGCUACGGGUCUCAAUGCGGCGGUUCAAUCGGACGUGGUAACGCUAUCGUGGCGAUACUUGCCCACUAUUCUUGCCUCAUCCCUCAUUAUGCUUGGAUGGGCUGUCAUCAUCAAUAAUGUCGGACGUCGUCGUUAUCCCCUUCAUUGGUGGGCCCCUGGUGCAACAUUCGUUCAUGCUGAAGAAGAUUCAGCGCUGGAAAAGGCGGAAGAAGGAGAUAUUGAACGUGAAGAGAUGGAGGAGGGUGAACUCGAGCGAGAAAGUACUGCUGCUAGUGAAGGGCUGCCUCGGGAUGGUGAAAAGCAUGGAGAGAUGAUGUACCGGCCUUCCUCGAGAAGGAUGAGGCGUGCAAGCAUUGAGGCAGAGCCAGCGUCCUUGGAAAGUGCGGUGGAUGCAAGUCCGGGAGAGUUUUCGAACCGUCGGCUGAGUUCCAGUCGGGAGCGGUAUCGGUUGGACUAG